AGCCGCUGAAGCGUCGUUUGAAUGUCCGUUGGAUGUUGUCGCUCAGUAUUUUAUUAAACUUUUACACCGGAAUAAUCUUCAAGUUCACGUAAGCAUGUGAUGUUCCCGAUCCCUCACAGUGGGGCUGCAGUGUCUUCCUUCUUCUUGGUCCUCGUCUCUUUGUUGGAGGCGAUGCGUCACGAUACAUCCGCCAGCCGCCGGAAGGGGAAAACACCUCAACAUCGCCCCCCGCUGGUGACCCCGGGACCCUCCAGCUCGACGCCCCGCUCCCCAAGACGGAGUGGAGGUUCAAGGCCCCCGGCGUCUCCCAGGAAGAAGAGGUUCCGACCCGGCACCAGGGCCUUGAUGGAGAUCCGCAAGUACCAAAAGAGCAGCGACCUCCUGCUCCGGAAGGGCCCGUUCUCUCGUGUGGUCCGUGAGGUGUGCCAGAGUUUCUCCAGUGAAGCUCUCCGGUGGCAGGUCUACGCUCUGCUGGCGCUGCAGGAGGCUGCCGAGGCGUUCCUCAUCAUGUUGUUCUCCGACGCAAACCUGUGCGCCAUCCACGCCAAGCGGGUCACGAUCUUCCCCCGAGACAUCCAGCUGGCCCGGAGGAUCCGCGGGGUGGACAACCUGUGAAGACGACAACAACAACUCUUUCUGAUGCUGCAAUUGACUUUUUUUUGUGCUACAUUUUUGGAAUUUGGAAUUGUAAUUCACGUU